AUGAACGAUAAUGAAUCCUGGACAUCCAAAGACGCCCUUUAUCGGGAUCUUGCCAGGGCUCAAGGAGGAGCUCCUAUAGCAAUAACUGACCCUUUGCUAUACCACGAAACACCCUCAAGAGAAUAUGACGAUGAAAUGGAUUUGGAAUACCAAUUUAAAGAUGCUAGUGCAACAACAGACUAUAGUGAAGGCCCUGAUUUACAAAUGAUUAUGCAAAUGCUGGAAAUGGUGAAUGAUUAUGACGUCACACCUGAGAGUCAACCUGUUGAAAUCAGCAAACUAAAUCCGUUAUCUAAAGUCUUUGUGCCUGAAUCUUCUGGAGAUGCCUCAGAUAAAGAAAUAGAGCAGAAAAUUACAAAAAAGAAAAACCGUAAUGCCGCAAUUGAGUCCAUAAUUAAAGCACAACAAGAAUCUUUAGAUCUAAGUGAAAAAAGCAAAUACAAACCCAUAUCUUUAGAAAAUAAAUCAAAAACUGAAAAUAUUAUGCAAAGUAUAACCAUUGAAAAAAAACAAAAUGGACUAAAACCUAUUGUAUAUAAUAGUAGUAUGGCAUCGAGUAUGUUUAAGAAGAAAACAGUAUCAAAUAAGUCAAAUAAAAGUCCACAUACUUCAAAAGUAUCUCCAGAAAUACUUAAAACCAAUACAUUUGUUCCUUCAGAAGUAGCGAGUUCAUAUUAUGAGAAAUUUGUUGAAUUUAAUGAGGCAAAGGAAGAAAAAUACAACAUUUGGACCGUGGUAGAAAAGAAGAUAAAGGAAUCAGAGGAAAGAAAACGCCGCGAAGCAGAGUUAGCUGCCUCAAGUUGCACAGAGAAAUCUGGAGAAGCUUCUCCACCUUUGGUGCAGGAGUCUAGCAAUGAAGAACAAGAACGAUAG